AUGGCACUUAACAGGGACCAAGCCUGGCAACGCUGUGCUCACCAUCCAGGCACCUACUUUACCGACUAUGAGCGAGCCCGCCUCCACUUCGAAAACUCAUGCCUAGAUUUGUGGUGUUCAAGAUGCGGGAGAGCGUUCCAAAGUUCUCAAGCCCGCGAACAACACAUUAAACAUAGUCAGAAUCACCACACAUGUGGUCGCCUUGAUUGUAAAUUCGAUGGGACGAAUGUGGCAGCUUUGCAAAAGCAUUGGCUUGAGAGCGGCCACAUUCGCAAGAUACUUUGUGAAGGCUGCGAUAGUUACAUCCUAUUCCGCGAAUUCAAGGAUCAUCUUGCCAAGAACAAUGCCUGUGAUACCUGCCAAAUCCAUUUUGGAUCACUCAAUCAGCUAAAAAUGCAUGAAGUCACUCACAAGCCAGCAAUUCACCAAUGCUAUGGGAAAGGAUGUAGCCAAACAUUCCGAACAUUAUCUGCCAUGUUUAUACACUUAGAACAUGGUGGAUGCCCUUCUAUGAUUACCGCCAAAGAUGUCAAUGCUGUGCUGGCUUCACAUUCAAUUGCCUACAGUAUAGUCCGCCAAGAUUGUCAUCGGACUCUACUCGCACUGCUUAGUCGCAGAGACACAAUCGGGAAUGUCUUUAAGUGCUGGGGGGAGUGUAAAGAUACCAUAAGUUUUUCUCACUUUAGUGCAUUGCUCCAACAUAUCGAGAGCGGUGCUUGCGAGGCCCAUUUGGGCGACGAACCGUCCGACCUUCUACCAUUUCUUCGACGGAAUCUACAUUUUGAGAAUGCAGUCUCGAGGAUCGAAGCGAUCGAAGCCAGUGUUCGGGGCGAAGCUCAGUUAUCUGUGUUCGCCGGGUCUCCGGAGGCGGAAACCCAUCUUAAAGAUGUCUUCCCACAAUUCUUCGAAAUCCAGAAAGCUACUUGCCAACUGCUCGAUUUCGUUCAAACAAAAAGGGCCCGGAACUCUCUCGGCAAUGCUACCCUAUCGUACAAGCCGGUAAUAACCCAAGGGAUUGAUAUACGGCUAAUGAGCCUAGAGGUCGCCAUAGCGGAGUUUCUGGAGAAAUAUCAAAAUAUUUUUGACGGUUACCCCGCAAGUUCUUGCAGAAUCGGGAUUUGGUUCCAAGGUCCGAUGAAGGCACAACUUGCAGGCGUCUUUAUGAGGGAAGUUAGGACCGUUCUUCGCAUUCUCCGUUUGGAAGGGAGUAAUUGA